AUGGCUGCUUCUCAUGGUAAUGCACACUCUGAUGCUGCAAAGAUGGAACAGAUAAUCACUGAGUUCUUUGCGAAGAGCCUUCACAUAAUACUCGAAUCAAGGGCACUCAAUGUGUCCUCGCGCAAUUUCUACGGUGAUCAAGCUGUUUUAUCUCCUUGUUCAUCGUCUUCAUCUUCGUCGAGCGUGCGGCCGAGGGAUAAGUGGUUCAAUUUGGCGCUCCGGGAGUGUCCGGCGGCGUUGGAGAACAUUGACGUCUGGCGCCAGAACAAUCUUGAGUGCAUAGUGAUUGAUGUGAUUUUGGUGCAGAGGCCUCUGGAUUGGGACCCUGUGACUGUGAGUUUUUCUCCAAAAAGGGUUCUCCCGAGGAGUUCUUCGCUGAAAGAAAGAUGCCCUUUUGGCUGUAACACUGAUCAGGAAGAAUUGGGGGUUGUGGGAAGGAAUGAAAAGAUUGUGGAGAGGUGGGUUGUGCAGUAUGAGAGUGGGAAGACAAGGGAUUUUAGUUCUGGCAGUAGGAGGUCAAGCAGUGUUUCUUUGCAUAACUUGUAUAAGAAAUCAACUUUGCUUUUGAGGUCUUUGUAUUCCACUCUUAGACUUUUACCUGCCUACAAAAUUUUCAGAGAGCUUCUUUCUUCUGGAAAGAUUAGGGAUUUUACCCUUGCUCACCGUGUGUCUUCUUUUGUUGAGCCCUUCACCAGGAAAGAAGAGGCAGACAUGAUGAAAUUCGGGUUCACCCCUGUUGAUACUUCUUCUGGUAGGCUGUGUCUUAGUGUGAUGUAUUGCCCCUCAGUCUCAGGAGUGAGCUCAGAACCUUCGACUCCAAUGUCCCCACGAGUUAUAGCAGACUAUGUUGGGAGUCCAUUGCCUGAUCCGUCCACGAGGUUUCCUUCUCUCCCCGUGGCAGGAUUGCCAUCUCAUGGCUCUCCAUUAUCGUUGCCAUCUUCAAGGCAGCGUAGUUUGAGUUUUGAUCAUUAUAGAACCUCAUCUCCGACUUAUACACCUUCGCCUACUUAUUCAGAAUCACUCUCACCAGUGUAUAAUGCAAGUUUGCGACGUUUCCCCCCUGCAAGUUUGCCUCCUCAUCCAACUGAGAUGUCUUUGAUUCAAAAGAAGAACACAAAUUUUGAUGAUCACUAUCCCUAUCCAUCAUCUUCAACAGAUUAUUCAGGACCGUUACCAUGUAAACCACUUUUACGAUCUGAAAGUGCUCCUGUCAGCAUACCUACUGAAGUUGCUAAUUCCCCUGGAUACUCCAAUAGGCAUAAUGUGCCUCCGUCUCCUCCCCGAAGAGGUUCAAGGGGCACUGCUAAGAUUGAUAGAAGUACAAACGCUAUGCAUACCGGUACAAACGCUGAGAGGUUCUUUUCUCUUGGAAAAGAUGAGUAUCGAAAAAAUUCUGGAGUCAAGAUAUCAGCUAACAGCUCACCACAGAUUUCAAUUUCCAGAAGCUCCAGUAGGUCUUACCAGGAUUAUCUUGACGAUACUGAUUUUACUUGUCCGUUUGAUGUGGAUGAUGAUGAUAUAACGGAUCCAGGAAGCAGAGCUGAAUCUCCAUAUCAUGGUCUUUUGGCUGAGACUUAUGAAUCUGGAGGAUUCUUUCCCAUUAGAAAGUCUCAUGAUGCUGCGGUUGGUGCACUUGUACAAAUGCUGAAGAAAGCGCCACCUCUCCGUCAAGAUUUCUCCACUUCACAACACCUGUCAAAAGGAGGUACAAACGUAGAAACUGGGAACAAUAACAUUCAAGGGCCCAGUCAUAUCCUAGAAUCAUCAAGACCAGCGAGCAUGAUGUCUUCUGGGAUCAUAGCCACUAGAAAAACCACAGCUGAUGCACUGGAAGAGUUCCACGGUUACAAAGAGAUGAAAAACUUGUUGCUUAUGCGAGGUAGUAAGCACCAGAUAUAG